CCGGGCUUUCUGCAGACGGCUCCCCGCUCCUGCCUGCGCCCCCCUCCUCAUCCUCCUCCAAGGCGUCUCUGUGCCGAAAGCGCCCCGCAUUUUGACUGCAUGACAGUUUACAUCCGAACCAUCACAACCUGAGCGCGUUUGCCUUCCUGCGCACGUACAUACCUUCACAGAGAAAGAGAGAGAGAGAGAGAAAAAGAUCAUUAAUCGACGUGCAGAUCGGAGCCGUGCCGUGUCUAUGCACCUCAGACACACCGCUGACUUCUUGCUAUUGAGAGCUGGAUAUGCAGAGAUUAACGUGAGAGGAUGGAUCUAAUUAUCUGUGUUUUGGGGCUGCUGGCGCUCAUCGUAGAAGACAUCCGAUGCCAAGGAGUGUACGCACCUCCGUCUGUCCGCAUUAUACACUCAGGGCAUGCAUGCAACGUUGAGGAGGAGAGGCACACGGAGCGGGUCUACACCAUCAGAGAGGGGGAGACCCUGGAGCUCACCUGUCUGGUGACGGGCCACCCUCGACCACAGAUCCGAUGGACAAAGACAGCCGGCAGCGUGUCGGACCGCUUCCAGGACUCCAGCGUGUUCAACGAGACGUUGCACAUCUCAAAGAUCCUGAGGACCCAGGGAGGUCGAUACUACUGCAAGGCUGAGAACGGCCUGGGCUCUCCGGCCAUCAAGUCCAUCAGGGUGGACGUCUACUACCUUGAUGACCCGGUGGUGACGGUGCAUCAGAGCAUAGGAGAGGCCAAGGAACAGUUCUACUACGAGCGGACCGUGUUCCUGCGAUGCGUGGCCAACUCGAACCCUCCAGUCCGCUACAGCUGGCACCGCGGGAGGGAGGUCCUGACGCAAGGCUCCGACAAGGGGGUGGAAAUCUACGAGCCUUUUUUCACACAGCAGGGGGAAACAAAGAUUUUGAAGCUGAAGAACCUGCGUCCCCAAGACUACGCCAAUUACAGCUGCAUCGCCUCGGUCAGGAAUGUGUGUGGGAUCCCUGAUCGCAGCGUGAUCUUCAGACUCACCAACAAGACAGCCUCCCCGUCCAUCAAGCUGCUGGUGGAGGAUCCUAUCGUGGUGAAUCCCGGACACACGGUGUCCCUGGUGUGCAUCACCACCGGAGGCGAGCCGCCCCCGAUCCUCACCUGGGUCAGCAGCAACGACACGCUGCCGCAGCGGAGCGUGGUGAAGGGGGGCACGCUCACGCUGCCGGCCAUCAGCUCGGACGAGGCGGGCGUCUACAGCUGCGUGGCCAGCAACAACGUCGGAAACCCGGCCAAGAAGUCCACCACCAUCGUGGUGCGAGCUUUGAAAAAGGGACGAUUCUGGAUCACACCGGACCCCUACCACAAUGACGACAACAUCCAGAUCGGACGUGAAGUCAAGAUAUCGUGUCAGGUGGAGGCCACGCCUCCAGAAGAGCUGACCUUCAGCUGGCUAAAGAACGGCCGCGCUCUGCGCAGCUCGGAGCGCAUGGUCAUCACCCAGACCGACCCCGACAUCUCACCCGGAACCACCAACCUGGACAUCAUAGACCUCAAAUUCACCGACUUCGGCACGUACACCUGCGUGGCUGCGCUGAAGGGCGGAGGAAUCCCGGAGAUCAGCAUCGACGUCAACAUCUCUUCCACAACAGUCCCUCCUUUGUUUUUCUCUUUCUUAGUUCCCCCCAACCUGACAGUCCCACGGGGCAAGUCCCCCCUGGUGGCCCGCGAGGGUGACACAGUGGAGCUGGAGUGCCUUGUUUCAGGGAAGCCCAAGCCCAUCAUCCUGUGGUCGCGAGCGGAUAAGGAGGCGCCCAUGCCAGACGGCAGCAUGCAGAUGGAGAGCUACGACGGCGUGCUGCGUAUUGUUAAUGUGUCCAGGGAGAUGACGGGCUCCUACCGCUGCCAGACCAGCCAGUAUAAUGGCUUCAACGUGAAGCCCCGGGAGGCCGUGGUGGAGCUGAUCGUACAAUACCCCCCCACGGUGGAGCCCGUCUACACGGAGAUGCGUCAGGGCCUGGGGAGGCCGGUGGUGUUGACCUGCAGGGUGCUGCGAGCCCACCCCUCCCGGGUGCUGCGCUUCGAGUGGCUCCUGUCAAACCGCCUGCUGCACGCCGGGGCGUUCGACGCCCAGAGGGACGAGACCGAGUACAUCAUCCGCAACCUGAACCGGGACGGCUGGGGCGAGUACACCUGCAACGUCAUCAACGAGGCAGGGGCGGGAAAAUGCACCUUCCAGGUCACAGGAAAAGCCUAUCCUCCAGAGUUCUACUACGAUACCUACAACCCUCUGUGGCAGAACCGGCCCAGAGUCUACGGCUUCAAGCUGCAGUGGACGCAGAUGAACCCCAACGCCGUGGACCGCAUCGUGGCCUACAGACUGGGCAUCAGACAGAUGGGGCUGCAGCGCUGGUGGGAGCAGGAGAUCCCCGUGGACGGAGCCAUCAACAAAGGAGAGCUCAUGACCCACAACUUGACGGAGCUGAUAAAGCCGGAGUCGUACGAGGUGCGCCUCACCCCCAUCACCCGCUUCGGAGAGGGCGACUCCACCAUCCGGAUCGUCACCUACAGCGCACCCAUCAACCCUCACCUGAGAGAGUUCCACUGCACCUUCGAGGAAGAGCCCAUCUGCAUGUUCACCCAGGACAAAAACGACGAUUUCGACUGGACGCGGCACAGCGCCGCCACCCGUGACACCAAGUACACACCCAACACGGGACCCAGCGGCGAUCGCGCCGGCUCCAAGCAAGGUUUCUACAUGUACAUUGAGACAUCCAGACCGCGUAAAGAAGGCGACCAGGCGCGGCUCAUAAGUCCAUUCUUCAACGUAGCGCCUAAAAAUCCCUACGGCAUCACCAACCCUCCUGCCUACUGCUUCGGCUUCUUCUAUCAUAUGUAUGGAAAACACAUAGGAACACUCAACGCCUUCCUGAAGCAGAAGGGCCAGAGCAGCUCGGAGGGGCCCGUGUGGUCGCUGAGUGGUAAUCAGGGUGACCGUUGGAAGCAGGUCAAAGUGAGCAUCCAUCCGACAGCGUCCUUCCAGGUGGUGCUGGAAGGCGUCCGCGGACCAGGCAUAGAGGGAGACAUCGCCAUAGACGACGUCACGCUGGAGGAAGGGGAGUGUCGAGACCUACCGCCCAAUCUCAGUGCCAGGGCUCUGUCCACAUCCUCCCAUAUAUGGCUGCUAUGUGUCACCCUGCUGGUGGCCCUCCUGGAAGGUCAGAGGUGACCCUUUUUCAGUCAUCUCAGAGGCGAAUAUUCAGACCCACCGUCUGUGAGCUACACCCUCGGCAUCCAAUCACCAAAGAUUCAUGCAUCCUGAAAGCAGCAGGGUCCCCCCCUCCAUCCACCGGCGGACCGCAGAGGGGCUGAAGUCAACGGAAGAGAGUUUAAAAAAA